CGAAAAUGCUCGUAAUUGAAAAUAAACAAAAACUAAAACAAAUCAAGUGAAAUUAAUGUGAAAACGUCACACAAAAUGUGCAAUUGCUAUUUAAGAUAAAUUUAAACGAAAACCUCAACUGCGCAGCAUAGAAUUCCAGCCUUUUAGAAAAGAGCCAUAAAAAUCGAUUCUCCAACGAAGUCGCAGUCAGCAGAGCGACACUUUAACGCGCGGGCGUCGUCGGAGCGGAGUGCAAACAUUAUAUUUUUUUGCCUACCUACUUGCCAAAAGUCCAGCCAAGACUAGUACAUGUGUGUGUGUGUGAGUGCGUGUGUAAUUGUUUGUCUGUUUAUAAAUCAGACAGGACAUAGUCAUAAAACGUAAUUAGGCAAACGCGCGUAAUAAUUCGAAGUAAAUAUUUGCCAGCGAUUCGAAUAAAUAAAGAAAAUUCCAACACAAUAGAGUGCAACAAUAACAAAACGUGUACGCCUGUGUGUGUGCGUGUAUGUGUAUGCGCAAGUAUGUGUAGUAGCACAAAUAAUAAAAGUCAAGAAUGAAAUGGAAAUACACCCUCACUUCUAUGCCGCCCCACAUGACGUACUGCUACAACAAAAAACAACAACAAUAUUAAAAGUAACAACAACUGCUAGGCGUGUGCGUGGCGCUAAUUGAACCGCUCACACAAUUUGGAGCAGCGAUACCCUGCGAGAAGCUCAAGCUCGCGCGACUGUGAGUCACCUGCCCCCGAAUAAAACUAUUGCGUGCCACUGCCACACAUAGCAGUCUCGGCGGGCCGCACAAAAAACAUAAUAUCAAGUCAACAAGCAGCAACAACAAAGCGAGUGAAAGAAAUAUAUAAUAAAAUACAAAUAAACCGUCCCCGAAAACCAUAUCCUUUGACGACGGCGGGUUGCAUGAAUCAGACGUGUGCUCAUCAAUACCACCCACAUUGCCACUGCCGCACGCCACUAGCACGCACGUUGCUCUAUUGAAUUCAGAAAGUGAGAACCGAGAGAAGAGAGAGCUCCAACACGAUGUCAAGUGAUAAGAUCAAAGUUGCUGUGAGGGUGCGACCCUUUAAUCGCCGCGAAAUUGAAUUGGGUACAAAAUGCAUUGUCGAAAUGGACAAACAACAAACCAUAUUACAAAAUCCGCCAACGCUGGAGAAAAUGGAAAGAAAACAACCAAAGACAUUUGCAUUCGAUCACUGCUUCUACUCGUUGAACGCUGAAGAUGUCAGCUUUGCAUCACAGGAGACAGUCUUCGACUGCGUGGGACGUGAUAUAUUGGAUAAUGCCUUUCAGGGCUAUAAUGCUUGCAUAUUCGCCUACGGCCAGACAGGCUCUGGCAAAUCAUACACCAUGAUGGGCUCACAGGAAAGCAAAGGCAUUAUACCGCGUCUAUGCGACGAGCUCUUCUCAGCCAUAGCCAACAAAUCGACAGCGGAGCUAAUGUACAAGGUGGAGGUGUCCUAUAUGGAAAUCUACAAUGAGAAAGUGCAUGAUCUGCUCGAUCCCAAGCCCAACAAGCAGUCGCUUAAGGUGCGCGAGCAUAAUGUGCUCGGGCCCUAUGUGGAUGGACUUUCCCAGCUGGCUGUAGCCAGCUACAAAGACAUUGAUAACCUCAUGACCGAGGGCAACAAGUCGCGCACAGUGGCGGCCACCAAUAUGAAUGCAGAGUCAUCGCGUUCCCAUGCUGUCUUCUCUGUGGUGUUAACGCAAAUCUUAACUGAUGAGGCUAGUGGCGUUAGUGGUGAGAAAGUCUCACGCAUGUCGCUGGUGGAUUUGGCGGGCUCGGAGCGUGCUGUCAAGACUGGCGCUGUGGGCGAUCGUCUCAAGGAAGGCUCCAACAUUAACAAAUCUUUAACCACGCUGGGCUUGGUUAUUUCCAAGCUGGCAGAUCAGUCCAUUGGCAAAAAGGGCACCAAUGACAAGUUUGUGCCCUAUCGCGACUCUGUGUUGACUUGGCUGCUAAAGGACAAUCUGGGCGGCAAUUCCAAGACAGUAAUGGUGGCCACCAUAUCACCCUCGGCGGAUAACUAUGAGGAAACGUUAUCCACGCUGCGCUAUGCGGAUCGCGCCAAGCGCAUUGUCAAUCAUGCUGUGGUCAAUGAAGAUCCCAAUGCGCGCAUUAUACGCGAGCUGCGUCACGAAGUGGAAACGCUACGCAGCAUGCUGAAGCAUGCCACAGGCUCGCCCGUGGGCGAUGUGCAGGAUAAGCUUGCGGAGAGUGAGAAUCUGAUGAAGCAAAUAUCGCAAACCUGGGAGGAGAAGCUGGUGAAGACCGAGCGCAUACAGAACGAACGCCAGCAGGCGCUGGAGCAAAUGGGCAUAAGCGUGCAAGCGAGCGGCAUUAUGGUGGAGAAGAAUAAAUACUAUUUGGUCAAUUUGAAUGCAGAUCCGUCGCUGAAUGAGCUGCUUGUCUACUACCUAAAGGAACGCACGCUGAUUGGCGGUCGCACCAUAAGCGGACAGCAGCCUGAUAUACAACUGUCUGGACUGGGCAUACAGCCGGAGCAUUGCGUCAUUACAAUUGAAGACAGCGGACUGUUUAUGGAUCCUGUGCAGGGUGCGCGCUGCUUUGUCAAUGGCUCGGCGGUGAUGGAGAAGACACCGCUGCAAAAUGGAGAUCGCAUACUUUGGGGCAAUCAUCAUUUUUUCCGCGUCAAUUCACCGCGUGUGGGCAACAGCGCCAAUCUGUGCGCUUCGGAGCCACAAACGCCAGCGCAGCUUAUAGAUUAUAACUUUGCGCGCGAUGAGAUUAUGCAAAAUGAGCUAAGCAAUGAUCCCAUACAAACGGCCAUAGCGCGCUUGGAGCGACAGCAUGAGGAGGACAAGCAGGUGGCGCUGGAGAAGCAGCGACAAGAGUACGAGCGACAGUUCCAGCAGCUGCGCAAUAUACUCUCACCCAGCACGCCAUAUGCACCGUACGCACCCUACGAUCCGCUGCGCAUGGGCAAGGUUACGCCCAAUACGCCUACAUCGCAAAUGCGCGUGGAAAAGUGGGCGCAGGAGCGCGAUGAAAUGUUUCGUCGCUCUUUGGGGCAACUUAAGACAGACAUAAUGCGCGCCAAUUCGCUAGUGCAGGAGGCAAACUUUCUAGCCGAGGAAAUGGAAAAGAAAACCAAAUUUUCGGUAACGCUGCAAAUACCGCCGGCAAAUCUAAGUCCCAAUCGCAGACGUGGCGCCUUUGUAAGCGAGCCAGCUAUAUUGGUUAAGCGCACCAAUUCAGGCAGUCAGAUCUGGAGCAUGGAGAAGCUGGAGAAUAAAUUAAUAGACAUGCGUGAAAUGUAUCAGGAGCAUAAGGAGCGUAUACUUCAUGGAUUGCCCCUUGUAGAGACAUACGCGGCUGAAGAAUUUGAUGACAAGGAUGAGGAGAGUGGCAAGCCACAGGAUCCGUUCUACGAAUCACAGGAGAAUCACAAUCUCAUAGGCGUAGCCAAUAUCUAUUUGGAGGUGCUGUUCCAUGAUGUUAAGCUGGACUAUCAUACGCCCAUCAUUAGUCAGCAGGGCGAGGUAGCUGGACGUCUGCAGGUGGAAAUUCAGCGUGUGGCUGGACAAAUGCCACAGGAUCGCAUGUGUGAGUCGGUGUCGGAAACCUCCUCUGCCGAUUCGCGCGAUGAGUAUGAGGACCCUGUGGAUCCCAUGGCCAAUCAGAUUACCUGCCGCGUUACCAUCAAAUGCGCCACUGGCUUGCCGCUUUCGCUGUCCAACUUUGUCUUUUGCCAAUACACCUUUUGGGGUCACCAGGAGAUGGUGGUGCCUGUCAUCAAUGCGGAGACUACAGCGCAUGAUCAGAACAUGACCUUCAAGUUUGAGCAUACCAAGGACUUUACAGUUAAUAUCAAUGAGGAGUUCUUGGAGCACUGCAUCGAGGGCGCGCUCUCCAUUGAAGUGUGGGGACAUCGCAGCGCUGGCUUUUCCAAGUCCAAGGGCUGGGAGGUGGAGCAACAGCAGGCCAAGGCGCGUUCGCUUGUGGAUCGCUGGGCGGAGCUGUCACGUAAAAUUGAGCUGUGGGUGGAAAUACACGAGCUGAACGACAAUGGCGAAUACUCGCCCGUGGAGGUAACCAAUCGCAACGAGGUGCUCACUGGCGGCAUCUAUCAGCUGCGUCAGGGUCAACAGCGUCGCGUCAAUGUGAGGGUUAAGCCUGUGCAGAAUUCAGGCACAUUGCCCAUUAUAUGUCAGUCGAUUGUCAAUGUGGCCAUUGGCAGCGUCACUGUGCGCUCGCGUCUGCAGCGUCCACUGGACUCCUACCAGGAGGAAGAUCUCACUGUGCUGCGCGAGAAAUGGAGCGAGGCGCUGGGUCGCCGUCGCCAGUACUUGGAUCAGCAAAUACAAACGCUUAUCAAAAAGGAGGAGAAGAACGAGCAGGAGCGUGAGCGCGAGCUGAGCCUGGUGCAUCAGUGGGUGUCCCUGACGGAGGAGCGCAAUGCAGUGCUGGUGCCUGCACCCGGCUCGGGCAUACCAGGCGCGCCUGCUUCCUGGGAUCCACCCGCCGGCAUGGAACCACAUGUGCCCGUGCUGUUUCUCAAUCUAAACGGCGAUGAUCUCUCGGCGCAAAAUACCAACGAUGAGCUCUCUAUAUCUGGCAUCAAUUCCAUACUCUCCAAGGAGCAUGGUCACAAGUUCUACACGCUGCAAAUACUGCAGCAUCUGGACAAGGAUGUUUGCUGCGUGGCCAGCUGGGAUUCGUCCAUGCACGACAGCACGGCGCUGAAUCGCGUCACCGAAGCCAAUGAGCGCAUUUAUUUAAUAUUGCGCACCACUGUGCGCUUGUCGCAUCCAGCGCCCAUGGAUCUGGUGCUGCGCAAGCGUCUGAGCAUCAACAUAAAGAAAGGACAAACGCUGACAGAUCGCUUGAAGAAGUUUCGGUUGGUGCGUGGCGAGCAUGCCAUAUGGCAAAGCGGCGUGACCUACGAGGUGGUGUCCAACAUUCCCAAGGCAUCGGAGGAGCUGGAGGAUCGCGAAUCGCUAGCACAGCUCGCAGCCAGUGGCGAUGAUUGCUCCGCCUGCGAUGGCGAGACGUACAUAGAGAAAUACACACGUGGCGUUUCAGCUGUGGAGAGUAUUUUGAUAUUGGAUCGACUGCGUCAGAAUGUGGCAGUCAAGGAGCUGGAGACGGCGCAUGGCCAGCCGCUGUCCAUGCGUAAGACAGUUAGUGUGCCGAACUUUUCACAGGCGGUUAAAGACACCACCAACAACGGGAGUAUCAUGCGCUUUGAUGCUUCGAUGGAGUCGCUGCUAAAUGUGGGACGCUCCGAAUCCUUUGCAGAUCUAAACAAUACCAACAAUGCGCUGGGCAACAAAUUUACACCAGCACUUGGUGGCGCGCCAGGCGGCGUCAUACGCAGUCGCCACAGCUUUGGCGGCAAGGGCAGCAGCGACGAUUCGCCCGGCAAAGCCUUUGGCAUUGGCUCCAUACUGUCAGCGCGUCCAACAUUUUUGAAUCUCAAUUUGAACUUGAACACAUUGAGAAUUGCGCCAACAAAACCUUCGCCAGCCACAAGCAAACUGCUGGGCAUGCGCAUGACUACGCUGCACGAGGAGCCGCUGGGCGUGCAUCGUGCGCUGGAUGAGGAGCCAGAGGAUAGCUACAGUGACUCGGAGUACGCUGCAGAGUAUGAGCAGGAGCGGCAGCAAAAUCGCAGCUUGGCCAGUCGCUCGCGCUUAACUGCAUCCAAAACAAUGGACUCGUUUAUGGAUGUUAGCAGUCAUUCGAAUCAAAGCUACUUGAGCUACACAUCCAGCGCCAAUGCAAAUAUGAAGCACUUGACGGGCUUGGCCACGCUCAGCAUGAGCUCGUCCACCAGCAGCGGCUAUGGCUCGCAGGCAGUGAGCUGCAAUAAUCUAAGCAAUGAGGAUAUUACAUCCAUGCGCUCCAUGAGCAUUGACGAGACGCCAGAUUUCGAACGUACAAACUCCAACUCGCCGCCAAAUCGUCAAGCGCGUGUAAAUCCAUUUUUGAAGGACAUGCCAAAAGCUAAAACGCACGACAUUGUUGAGUCGAAGCAGCUGCAACAGACGCUAACACAUCCACUGGCGCAGUCAGAGUCCAAGCAACAAGCACAAAGCGACAAUGAGGAGGACGAUGAGCAGUGCAGCAAUAACAACAAUGAGCAGCAGUCACAGCCUGUUGCCUAUGAGCCAGAGCCUGAGCACUUAACUGUGGACAAUCAGAAUGGCAACAAGGAGCUGAUUAUGGAAGGCGAUGGCAUUGUAAGCGAGCAGCUGCCUGCGGGCAAAGUAAUGCGGCGCAAAAAGUCGAGCGAUAGCAGCAAUAACAAUAUUAAUACACGCAACAAUCAGCGCGCUUCAUUGGCCAAAAUGGAAGGACUGUCGUCGAGUUAUUUAGAUGCCAAUGCUAGCAUUAUGUCCAGCAGCACCGAAGUGGAGGAUGAAGGCAAGGACUUGGAUCUAACGCUGCCUGAAUGGAUAGUUGUGGGCGAGUCUGUGCUUAUACGUCCGUAUAACACCAGCGGCGUUGUUAGCUUUGUAGGCACUACACACUUUCAGCCUGGCGCUUGGAUUGGCGUUGAGCUGGACACGCCCACGGGCAAGAACGACGGCACCGUGCAGGGCAUACAAUAUUUCCAAUGCAAGCCCAAACAUGGAAUCUUUGUGCGCGCCGACAAGUUGAUGGUGGAUAAGCGUGGCAAAGCCAUGCGCGCCUUCAAGGCUGCCGAGAAACAAAAUAGCAUAAAUAAAGAGAUGAGCAGCUCGAUGACGCGCUCGAAGAGUCGUGGCGAAGCGCUGAAUGUCUCGGCGCGCAAAUGAUUGUAUCCGAAAUGUUCGCAUCAGCUGCAGCGUUGGCCUAAUUGCAGGCAAUCGCAAGCAGUUGGCGCAGUGGCAAGUGCAGCUGCUAGCACAAGCUGCCACAGAUUGCGUGCAACCAGCGGCGCUGCGGCUGCUGGAGCAGCAGUCAACAACAGCAGUAACAGUCAUGGCAAAAAGUGUUUUGCCAAUCGACGCUCGACGGCCUUUUGAAAAGAGCAGCGCGUCGUCACGAACGUCCAGCCAACGAACAAUGCGCAGCAUAAUAUCCAAUUCAUUACGCUAGCUUCAACUUUAACUCACACAGACAGGCACACACAUACACACACACACUUUUAAUGCAAUGCUUCUAAAGAAAAACGUAGUUCUAAGGCGGUGUCUACAGCAUAAUUAACGAAAGAACUAGCAAUUAAUCACAUAGCUCUCCCCCCACUAUGCUCUAAAUCGAUUUAAUAGCAAAGCGCAGCGUUCGCGUAGUUGCAUGCAACAUGUGCAAUACCACGAACACUUUGACUUUGUCACACACCUGUAGCUUGUACUAGUAGAAAGUGUAAUUGUCUUAAGCGUAAACUGUAUUUAGUAAUAUUUUUCUUAUUGAUAAUUUACUGCGGCUUGAGUUUGAGUUUCUUAGUUAAAUUGAUGUUCGACUGCUUUUUGAUAAAGCACAUUUCACGCGUAUAUAUAUAUAUUUUUUAUGUAUCAAUCAAGUCUAGUUUAGUUCAAUUGUUUUUUGCUUUUGAUAUGUACGCAAAACUGUAUACACACUAUUUACAACAAAUUGUGACUUGGUUAAAACGAAUGAGCUUAUUUUUUAAUUGUUAUAA